AGGUGACUAUGCACUGCUUUCUAAAAUUAGGUAAAUUGUAAGGUGGGGGUAUUGGAUUCAGACAUUUGAUAGAAUUAGAAGGAAUUAUAGUUUCCAUUAAAUUUCACUGUUAUUCAAUCGUGGAUUUCAUCAAUUCUUUUAAUUUCUUUUGUUAUUGGAUUAACCAUUUAGAAUCAUUCUUUUAAUUACUUUAAAUUCUGUUGUUAUUCAAUAUUUGAUAGAUUUUUUAGUAAUGGUAUUUGAUAAGAAUUUAAUGGAAAAUGUCAUGUAUAAAUGUAAAAAGUCAAUUAUUUGCUCUUAUGCAGAGAUUUGUAAUGAAUCGUAGGAAAACACAAACAAUAGCAUUUCUCUACUUCUCAUUUUUCCAGAAGUACGUGAAGAAUGAAGAGACCUUUGCGGAUGAUAAUUAAUGAGUUACCGGAAAAUAUAAAGAACAACAAUUAACAAAUAUAAAGUCAAUGUUGUCUUGUUGCUGAAGAAACCUAGUGUCUGUUAACCAAAUUAAGAUGUCUUCUGAGACUUUCGAUUGUGUACUUUCGCAUUACGAACACAGGAGCAAGAUAAAGAAAAUGCAAAUACUUGGAAAAAAAACUAUGGCAGAACUUAGAAGAUAUGUGGAGAGAUGCUAUGGGUUUAGAUGAUCCAUAUAUUUUAUUUAUUAGUAUUAUGAUUUUAAUAAAAUUGCUGCAAUCCAUAAACUAUGUAGUACUAAUUACUAUUUUUUUGUUAGUUUUAAGAAUAAAAUAUUUUUUGUUACCUUUUUAAAUAUACAAGGAUUCUAAAAAUUCAUAGAAUUUAGAGGAAUUAGUAUUCUAUCAAAAUUUAUGUAUAUUCUUUUAAAAUCAAUAAUAGAAGUAAGCAUAGGAAUUAGAUAAAUGCAUUAAAAUCUCAUCAAAUCUUUGAAAAUACUGCAAAAGUUUUUCCUUAUCAAUUCUUUCAAAUUCCUGGAUUGAAUGCCACCCCCUAAGAGGUGUGAGAUGAAAUUACAAAUCAGUCUUUUCCCGCUUUGUCGGGUUGUACCUUCGGUUUGACGAUUUUUGUUUAUCGCUUGGGCGACUUUUGUUGUGAUUUCAACUUUAAAUUCUUAGAUGUUCUUCAUGGUGUCUUCUUUCUCUUUGAACUGGGGUUGAACAAUAGUAAACUCACCGAACUUGAACUUUUGAUCGAAACUCACGUUUCUCCUUUGAUAAAAAAUCUCGUUAAUAAUGUUUCAAAUUUUUUGUUAAUUAAAAGGAAUUUUUCUAUUUAAACAUUUUUUGUAUUUAAAUGAGCCACUUUUAUAUCCGACUCAAUUCAUUAGCCAAACUGCUAAAUCCAAUGAUCCGAAAUAUAAUCAUGUUUGGGCUUUAAGAACUAACGAUUACCCAAUAAAACCCGCUAAAACCCAAGGUUAACUGAUGAGUGAUCGAUAAGUAAUCCAAUUUGAUUUAAUAUAUUGAUAUAAAAUAUAAUUUUAUUUUAUUUAUUUUACUAAAUAAUGAUAUAUCAGUUGUUGAAAUGUAUAUAAUUCAUGAUACAAUAUGUAGUAAUAAAAUUAUUUUUUAAAGUUUUCUCUAUGUUUUAAUAAUAUAGAUUUAUAAAAAUAGAUUUGUAAAAGUUGUUAAGAUUGUUAUACAAAUAUUUAGGAUAAAUAAUUUAUGAUCAAAUUUUUUUCUCAAUGGGUAUUAUUAAACUUUUAAACAGAAAAUAAAAGUUUUUCAAUAUUAAAUAAGUGGGCAUCAUUAUUAAAAGGUAUGCAAAAUAUUUUGGUGGAUGAAAAUAAUAAGAGGAUAUAUAAUUACGAAGAUAAUUUGGUAAAAUAUUUUAAUACACAAAAUAUAAAUUUUAAUAAGAAUAAUAAGGGAAUAUAUUACUACUCAAAUUAUGUUGCAUUAAUGAUUCAGUAUUUUUAGGCAACAUUAAUAUUUUUUAGACAACAUUAUUGGAGGUGAAUUUUUUUUUCCAAAAACGUUUAUUGGAAAUAUUUAUUUGAUUAGUUUAAAUAAUAAUAUUAGAUUUAAAAUUAGGUAGUAGUGGUAUGACUUUGUAAAUAACUCCAAAAAUAUGGGCAGAAUCUUAGGAGAUAUUCUGAUUUAAUAGUAUAAACAUAUAUAUAUAUCAUCAUAUAUAUUCUAUAUAAUUGUAUUAGAUGUCCAAAAUCAUCAUUCAUUGCAAAAUAAUUGUAUUUUAAUUUAUAUUUUUAGUAUAAAAUUAAAGGAUAAAAAUGAUAAUUAGAUUUUUGUUAUAUAAUAUUAUAUAUAUAGUAGUUUAGGGGUUUAUAUGUUUAGUGUGAUAUUAUAUAUAGAGUUUGUGUACUUCAAACCCUAAACCUCAAAACUUAACCUCAAAUCACAUGCAACACUUCAAACCACAUAAAACUAAUAUUUUAAAACUUAUAAUAUAAUUGUAACUUAAAUAUCCAAGUAUAUUCUAAAACUCAAAUCAUAUACUUUGUUCUAAAUCUUAAUCCUAAACUACAUACCUCGUAUAUUAAGCGUUGGGUUUUGAAAAAGGAAAAAACAAAACAUACAAUAUAACAAACAGGAUUUUACCAAUAAAUAAAUAAAAAUAACAAACAGGAUUAAAAUAAUCAAAUCUACUUUAUUAAAAUAAAAGUACAAAUAAGAAAUAACCCUAAGACUUACAUCUUAAUUACAAUAUAAUGCAACUGAAGUAUUCAAUAAACUUAAAUCAAAAUUAAUUUUUUUCCUAAAUCUAUUCCACAACAAAUUCAUGAUAAAUAUUACACUUAAUGCACAUUAAUACUAUAAACAUUAAUAUGUAAAGUAGAAAACCUCUUUCCAUAAAUCCGUGGAUAUUAUCCUCUAUUAAAUAAUGUUUAUUACAUUUUUCAAAAUUUUAUUGUUAAUGAAAUCAAUUAACAAUAUUUAAAAAAUUGAAAGAAUAUGCCGUAUUUGGGAAUAAAAACUUAAUAAUAAGAACAUAUUUAAAAAGAUCCAUUUUAUUCGAUAAUUCAAAAUUUGUAUCUAAUUAAAUUUUUCAAAUAACCAAUUUGACUAAUCUAUUUAAUUGACGAUAUUUUUUUAGAUAUAUAUAGCUAAAAUGUUAUUAGAAAAUUAUUUUUAAAUUAUGUAUGAUAUUACAUAUGUUCAAUUGAAUUUUACCUUAAAUUAUUUUUCUUUAGUAAGGAUUUGAAAUAUUAGAUUUGGUAAUAACAUGUACAUUUAAGUAUUAGUAUUAAAAAAUUAAAAACACCUAAGCUUUUUCUUAUGAGAAAAUUGUAAUAGGGAAAGUUUCAAAAUAAUAUUCUUCAAGUUUUGUAUGUAAAGAAAAACAUUUAGAUAAGAUAACAAUAUUCUAAAAAAAUAAAAAAAGUUCAAAUAAAAUAAAAAUCCUACAUAUAUAAAAUGUUAAAGUCAAUAAGUUAAAAUAAAAUUAAUAUGAUAAUAAUAUAAAUAUAAGAAAUGCAAUUACUCAUUCUAACAAAUUACUCAUUUUAAUAAGUAUAAUAUAAAUAUUUUACUAAAAAUGCAUGACGAAUAUUUAUAUAUCGGGUUGAGAAAUUAAAAAUUAAGACUACUUAUAUAAUGGGUUGAAAAUUUAAAUAUAGUUAUCAUUUAUGACCAAAAACCUAUCAAAACAUCUCAAAUAUUAUUUUCGUAUAUAGAUGUUAGUUUAUGGAAAACACACACAUAAACUAAAAAUAAACUAAAAAUAUAUAUUUUAAUUAUUAUGCGUAAUGUCAUAAUAAAAAAUACAUAAUACUUGAAAAAAUAAAUAUAUAUUAUAUUAUUUAUAGGAAACAAAAGUAUAUUCCUAAAAAAUGGGAAAGUGGUUUCUCUUUUUUACUGGGAACUCAAAUGUUGUAAAUAAUUCUUUCCAACGCUUAUCAAACCCGACCAAUGAAAGACUACUAGCAUUUCCUUUACCACUAGUCAACUCGAUAUCGGGUAAAUAAAAAUGAUAUCGGUUAUAUAAAAACAAAUAUUCGUGUGAUAUUUACAUUUACAGUUAUAUAAAUCAUUUUACUUUUACUAUAAGUGGAAUUAUGUGACAUCAAUAUAUGUAUUAUGUGAUGUAGUUUUGUCACCAUUUUAUUAUAAUUUUUAUAGAUUAUAUAAUGGUGUAAAAAUAUUUAGUUACAUUACGUAAAUAAAAAAAACAGCCACCCGGUCGGGUGGGUCAGCUGUUGUUAAUAUUAAAGUACAAUCCUAAAGCGGCAAGGAUUAUGUUCCCCCAAAAGCUUAUAUAAAAAGAGAGUCAAGGUCUUGUUUUAUCUUACUCACAUACUCAUCAACAUCCUAGGUCUUCCUAAAUUUUUCUUGUUGGAUUAUCUUUCUGAUUUCCCGUUGGUCUUCUAUCGAUAAUGGCAACGACAACAAGAAUCUUAUGCUUCGUGCUCGUGAUGGUUCUAAUGGGAUGUUGUUGCUCGGCAAAAAUUUACAAAGUCGGAGACUCGGAGGGAUGGACAGCGAAGGGCGGCACCUAUUACGCUUGGGCUAGUCGUAAGGAAUUCCAGGUGGGGGAUUCUCUGAUCUUUGAAUACGAUGGCAACGUCAACGACGUCACUCGACUUUCCAGUGCUUUGGAAUACCAAUUCUGCAACUCUGCUUCUCCUCAAGCUGUCUACAAAACGGGCCACGAUGUCGUGACUCUCACGGAACCAGGUUAUCACUUCUUCAUCAGCUCAAAUCAUUCUCAAUGCGUAGCCGGACAGAAGCUCUUCGUUUUUGUCGUCCAAUACCAUCAGAUUCCUCCACCACCACCGAGAAAGAUCCUUCCGUUCGCAAAAGAUUUCAACGUCGGUGACUCCCAAGAAUGGAGGGUUCCUGACGAAAGAGACUUCUAUUCCAAGUGGAGCGAGGAGAAACAGUUUCACGUGGGAGACAAUCUUCUUUUCUACUACAACUACGAAGUCGACGACGUCUUAGAAGUCAGCGGUGAUCUUGAGUUCAAAUCUUGCGACACUUCCUCUCCUGUUGCCGUGCACAAUUCGGGACAAGACCUCGUAAGGCUAACAAAACCAGGAAUCCACUAUUUCAUAACCUCGAAGACUCCUCAUUGUGAGGAUGGGCUUAAGCUUCGAGUGGUGGUAAGACCACUAACCAGAGGUGGUCCGAAGAAAAUGCAGUUGUCACCUUUGGACCACCUCAUCAAGUGGCUGCAGUCCUUCAGACCCCAACCCCAUCACUAAGAAGAAUUCGUUUCCCUUUUGUUUGAGAUUACCUUAAUUAUAAGGGUUUUUUUUUCUUUAUCGUUUUAGUUCUCAAGUUUAUUUUCCCUUAUAGUGCGUGUGUGUUUUAUUUAUUUCAAUCGUUUUAAAGACACUUGAUUCGAGAAUAUUGAAUAAAGUUAUUUUUUCGUAAUCCUAAAUCUACAAAAAAAAAAAAAAAAAACUCUACAGCACAAAACAAGAAGACCUGCAUAUUACAAACAUCAACACAAUAAGACCCACCCAAAUACCAAUAGCUCCACCUCCACGAAAUCAAAGAAAUUCACCAAAUGAAAGACAAGUAAACCCGAUACCCUAAUCAAUUCGAGAAAGAACGAAGAUAAGAGCUUGUUACACGUUUCAUAUAAUUUUGUGGCAUGUUUUUUUCCAGUUAUUAUUCUCUUGCGAAAAAUGACAUAUUUUCUUACAAAGAUAAUGAAUGUAUUCUAUAAAACCUUUAUGUUGUAUGUCUAUUAUGAUAUUUAAAAUGUUUUGACUCUAGAUAAAUGUGUCUUCUUUCCUCUAAGCAAGCUCUGCAACAAUCUAUUAAAACAACCGUACGUUACUGACAGUAUUUCUCUAGUCCGACAUGUUGAUUUCCUUAUUGUUCUUUUUUUGAAAGAAUGUUAAAUUAUUCAUCUCAAAAACACUUGUACAAUGUAUGUAACUUUUGUUUGGUUUGAUACUCAACCUACUUUUAGUCUUUUACAUAAAAAUCAGAUUUCCUUAUUGUUCAGAGUUUACAGGUUUUCAUGUUGAUUUCUUUCGUGAAACAUGUCCAAUGUCCGUCCCUCUUAUUUCUGUUCCUGUUUCUCUGAGUGUGUCUAUCUUAACCUCAUUAUGGAAACUGUACCGAAGUAAUGAUGCAUGUUUCAUUCUGUUGGAGAUUUCUUCAUACAGUUUUUGUCGAUUCAUGUUUGAAUCGUUUCCAUUACUCUAACAUAACAUAAUCCAGAUCGAAUAUGAUUCAACCAGCCCUUUACUUUAUUUUCUGAAUAGUGUGUGUUUUCAUUUUUUGACUUGAUUCGAGCAUAUUCAAUAAAGUUAUCAUUUGCCUAGUCUUAACUGAAGCACAAAACUAGAAAACCCAGUAGCUCCCAUCUCCACGAAAUCAAAGAAAUUGACCAAUUAAAGACAGAGACAUCUUAUACCCUAUUUUGACGGAAAAACAAACAAACAUAAGUAGAUUGGAUUGGAGCUGAGUUUCUGUUUUUUUUAGUAUCCGGAAACGGUCAACUAUCACCUCUCAAAGCUCAGAUCUAUAAGCUAGAAGAUUUGAGUACACGGCUGAAGGAUAUAGGGUAUGAGCUAGAUACAAGUUAUGUGCUUCAGGACAUUGAUGAUGAGCACAAAGAGGCUAUUCUUGCUCACCAUAGCGAGAGAGUAGCUAUUGAUUUUGGGUUGAUCGAUACAGAAUAGGGUUUGUGGAGAUUGUCAUGCUUUUACCAUAUUGAUUGCAAAGAUCAAACAAGUAAUAAAUGCUUUUACCAUAUUGAUUGCAAAGAUCAAACAUGUAAUAAAAGAAGGAUAUAAGUCUUAGAUAGAGUGUGUACGUAGGCGAAAAUAAUCGACCAAUGAGAAACUAUAUUUUUGCCAUAUCACCUCCUCUAUUUGUUUUUACAAAA